AUGAAACCUUCGUUCGCAAAGGAGCGGGCAAUGCAAAGGUUGGUUUUUCAAACCCGGUCCUUCAGCUUCCAUCUCUUCGACUUUGAUGCAUCUGGAGAUCUAAGUGGUCUGGAACUUGCAGCUGCAGCGAGGUCCCUGCUAAAUGCUCCACUUUUUUCUGCGCAGGAUGCGAGAGCCUGGAGUUUUGCCAGCACCGGCAAACCAAACUUAUCUUUGGCGUGGCUGGAUGACGAUGAUAACCUGGCAACUCUGGCACUUCGCAGCAGGGAAGCAGCUGCCCGAAUAAUUGAACACCGCCCAGAGAGGCUAGCGAGGCACUCGUUCCAAGCUGCACUGCCAUGGGAUGUUGGGGAGUUGUUAGCAGCGCUUGCAUUCCAGCUGAAGAUCCGAGCGCAGCCCCUGUUGGCCAAUAGCUCCUGGAGCUAUUUGGAACUGCAGGUUGAACCACUGCAGGUAAUUCGUUAUACAAAGAAUGGACACUACGCACCACAUUCCGACAGCGGUUGGCCAGGGCAUCGCCGUCUGUCUUUCUUGGUGUAUCUCCAAGCUCCAAUCAAAGGAGGCGAGACCUGCCUUCUGCCGGCUGGCUGGAAUUUCAGCUUGCAUCCGUGGGGAGCUGGACGUUACCGCAUGCAUUGCGCCGAACUUCUUCAAGCUGUUGGCGCCGUUUGCUUUUGUCCCGUUCCUGGGCGAAUGCUUGCAUGGAGGAACGACUGGAAUGCGGACGGUUCAUUGGAAGUCCCUGGUGCGCACGUCGCCUGUCCAGUUGUGGAAGGUGAAAAGUGGGUGGCGAGCGCAUGGGCCAGCCAGACAUGCGACCAAGGCACUGUGUGCCAGACGCACGCCGGGCGUUGA